AGAUGAUCGUCAAGAAGCCACCGGCGACGGACGACGCAUUUAUCGAGAGCAAUGUGGUUAAACGCUUUUCUCCACUGGCGCGUCAGAUACUGGCCGCCUCUGGUCCGAUCAUCAGCAGUGCAGCAGCCGGCAUGACGAACGGCUUCUCCGCGAUUCUUCUGCCACAGCUGCAACAACCGGGCAGCAAACUGUCGAUCACCGAAGAUCAAGCAUCAUGGAUCGCGUCCAUGGCUCCACUACCGAUGGCUCUCGGCUGCAUUCUCGGUGGUCUGCUAAUGGAACGCUGUGGCCGCAAGUCAGCUCACCUGCUGCUCAACAUAUCGUUUGCCGUUGGUUGGUGCGUCCUGUCAAUGGCCGGUAGCUAUCCACAAAUUCUUGCCGGACGCUUCAUCACUGGCCUCAGCUGUGGGUUGGUUGGUCCACCGGCAUCCGUCUACAUUGCAGAAACGAGUGAUCCUCGCUAUCGUGGAAUUCUUCUGGCCGGCGUUACGUUCGCCGUAUCGGGUGGUAUUCUUCUUGCCCAUCUGUUCGGUACGUUCUUCCGGUGGCAAACGGCGGCACUGCUGUGUUCGCUAUUUAUGAUCGUUGCCUAUCUGCUGAUGGUUGUUUCACCGGAAAGUCCUGCCUGGUUGCUUGCACGAGGGGCACGUGCAGAGGCAGAAGCAUCAUUCCACUGGUUGCGAGGGUUUGAUCCAGCCAGUCGGCAGGAGUUCGAUGCGAUGGUGGCACGAACGGACCAGAACACGAACAAUGAGAAAACCAACGAAAUACAAGCGGACCAGCGGAACCGAUCGCCUUAUAAGCGACGAGAAUUUCUUAUGCCACUCGCCACGCUGCUCGUGUUCUUUGCGACGAUGCAGUUUUCGGGCGUUAAUAUUGUCGCGUUCUACUCGAUCGCGCUCAUGAAGACUACGAUCGGGAGCGAUAGUUUGAACGAGUAUCUUGCCAUGCUGAUCGUGGAUCUGGUACGCGUGGUGACAUCGCUCGUAGCCUGCAUCCUGCUUCGCUCCGUCGGCCGUCGUCCACUGGCCAUGGCGAGUGGGGUCGGAACGACGGUUUCGCUUAUCGGGCUCUCGAUCUUUCUCUACUUCCAAACGAGCAUUCCACUGUACCGAAACUACUCCUGGCUAUCGCUGAUCUUUCUCAUCAGCUACAUCGUGUUCGUCGGGAUCGGUCUCUUCCCGCUUCCCUGGUGUAUGACGGGCGAAAUUUUCCCCGUAGCAACGCGUGGCCUUGGUUCCGGACUUACCUCAUCGUUUAAUUUCGUUUGCUUUUUCGCUGUAAUCAAAACGGGACCGACACUGUUUGCGACGGUUGGUAUUAAUGGAACCUUCCUGGUUUAUGGGGUGAUCUCACUGCUCGGGACACUGCUGCUGUACGUGAUACUGCCGGAAACGAAAAACCGUACCUUGCAGGAGAUAGAGGAACAGUUCCGACGGGGACGAAGGAAAGCAAAGGAUGCGGAAGCGACGGCAGGGGUAGGUGAAGGAGGCGGCGGUUCUUCGGCAUCAUCAGCACGAAUUGCAACCAUAUCUUAA